UGGUUGAGACCGAACUAAUUUCAACUGCCCUCCCUGUGCAUAGCACAAAAAUCUGCUUUGUUAAAUACGGAUUUUUGCUCACUUUUUAGAGUAAUGUAUAACCUACCUGAAAAUCUACAGAGCUUUUCCAGCCAGUGAAAGAACUCAAGCCACAAUCAAUAGAACUGCUCAUCGCUCAUACUGAGCCACAGGCAAUGAAUUCCACUGUGAAGAAAGUAUUUGUUCAACUGUAUAUUUAAAACUCAGUAAGGUGAUGGAAGCUUGCCCAGAAUUUCAAUGACGAGUUGAUUUAGUGCCUCUCGUCUGAAAAUAGUGUGGGCUGGACAAUGGUGUAAAAUAUCCCUCAUUAUCAGAAUGGUGCAUUAAGAUAAACUGUCGGAUCUUAUGACGAAAGCUGCUGAAGGAAGUCAAGCAUGUGCUAAUCACUCUUGUGAUCAAAUCAGCUGUCAGGAUAGGGCCACUGACUUAUAACCUGCUUACUCCAAAGGAGUUCCAUGCAUUUAGUUCAGCUUGAAGAGCGAAGAGGCUUCACCAACAGGAGCAAUCGAACGCUUCCCGUAUUUGUCAGUGCAACGUGGGCUGUGAAACAUAGGAAGCAAUACUGAGCCUUAUCACUGAGUCACAGAAGGAAAACAAAUUCUUGGCAACUUCGCAUAAAGCCAGUGAACUGUCAGAGCAACCCGUCAGGAGAAGCAGAAACUCUGUUAGUCUGGAUCUAUGACCAAGCAACCCUGUAGUCAGAGAACCAGGGAACGGAAAGAAGUUGGCUAAAGAUUGGAAGCAUACGCACUGAGAAAGCUAGGUUGGAACUUAUCAGAAUGCUGUUAAGCUACUUGUCAUUUGCACAUUGUGCUUAUACAUUCCUGGCUAUGUCAGUGUUCAGCUCCUACCAUAGAGGGACAGAGGGCUUAGAUAAGCGCAAUCAUCAGAUUCAGCAUGGAUCCUGCAGCUAUACAUUUCUCCUUCCAGAAAUUGAGAACUGCCAACCUUCCCCUGACUACCACAUAUCCAAUUCACUUCAAAGGGAUGCUCCCUCACCGGUGGAGCCCAACUGGUCCUUAAAACGGUUGCAGCAGCUUGAAGACGUUCUGGAGAACAACACGCAGUGGCUACAGAAGCUUGAAAACUACAUUCAGGACAGCGUGAAGACUGAGAUAGUGGAGAUCCAACGAAAUGUUGUGCACAACCAGACUGCGGCCAUGCUGGAAAUAGGAACCAAUCUCCUAACUCAGACUGCAGAACAAACACGCAAACUCACCGAUGUGGAAACACAGGUUCUGAAUCAAACAUCACGGCUUGAAAUACAGUUGUUAGAGAACUCAUUGUCAACCAAUAAACUGGAGAAACAAAUCAUGGUGCAGACACAGGAAAUUACCAAACUCCAGGAAAAGAACAGCUUUCUGGAGCAGAAAGUCCUAGAAUUAGAAGGUAAACACGAAACAGAGCUGCAGUUAAUGAAAGAGGAGAAGUUGGAGAUACAAGACUUGUUGGUGAAGCAGAGCACAAUUAUUGGAGAGCUUGAGAAGCACCUGAGUAUUGCCACGGAGAACAACAGUGCCUUACAGAACCAGCAAGUUUUAUUAAUGGAGACAGUUCACAACCUACUGAAUAUGGUUUCCCAUACCAACGCAGAAAUCCUUCGAAUUCAAAAAGUUGAGCCAAUUGUUUAUAAAGAUUGUGCAGAAAUAUACAAAUCGGGAGUAACCAGAAGUGGAGUCCACACUCUCCAUAUCCCAAACACAACAGCAACAGUGGAGGUGUUCUGUGACAUGGAGACAAACGGAGGAGGAUGGACAGUCUUCCAGCAUCGUGAAAAUGGGAAUGUUGAAUUCCACCGUGACUGGAAGGAAUACAAAUUGGGAUUUGGGAACCCCCAUGGAGAGUAUUGGCUAGGAAAUGAAUAUAUUCAUCUGCUCACCAGCCAAUCACCUCAAGUUCUACGCAUUCAGCUGAAGGACUGGAAUGGAAAUGAAGCAUACGCUGCCUUUGACUACUUCCUGUUGGAAAGUGAGGAGCAGAAGUAUCGGCUCCAUAUAAAGGGUUACAGUGGAACAGCCGGGAGAACCAGCAGUUUCAGCCCCUCUGGUACACAAUUCAGCACCAAGGACGUCGACAAUGAUGAAUGUGGCUGCAAAUGCUCCCAGAUGGCGUCUGGAGGAUGGUGGUUCCAGGCCUGUGGCCCUUCUAACCUGAAUGGCAUGUAUUACUCAGGCGGGAUGAAUACAAUUCGAUUCAACGGGAUCAAGUGGCACUACUGGAAGGGCUCACACUACUCCCUCAAGUCCACCAGCAUGAUGAUCCGACCUGUGGCUUUUUGAGCACAACACUGGAAUGGCUUUCCUGAGCAGCUGAUAGAAUUUGUCAUCACUUAAGGGAUAUUCUGCAUCCACCACACAAAUGCUGAUUUAAUUAUAUUAAAUCACUUAGCACACGCUGGUGGGAAGUCAGAUUUGCAGGUAUCACCCGUAGCUACCAGCCUGCAAAUCACAAGAAAAUCAUUUCAUUUUAAAUCUUCCUACCCAUCUUCAGAGAUGAAAAGUUUGACAAGAAAUCUCUCGGCAGCAGGCUAAAAAGAGAAUAUUAAAUGAUUUGCUAUUGAACUAGGGCCUGAAAUAGAAGAGUCCCUCAGGGCUUCUGCAGUUCAACCUGAAUGUUGUGUCAACCAUUGGCGACACUGAGUUUCAGGACAAACUCUGUUUAAAAAUGUUUAUUCUCUGUCAGCUGCCUUCACCAUUGUUUUCAGAACAACCACUUUUGUAUCUGUACGCACCUUGAGCAGGUAUUGAGUCUAACAACCACAGGAGACAGGUUCAUGAAUGCAUCGUGUUUAACUAUUUAACCUAUGUUUGGGCACUUCCUUUGUAAACCUUUUAUUCUUCUUUAGGAAAGAAAAGCACUGCAUAUUUAUGUUAUGUUUUUACUCAUCCGGAUCCUUUCCAGAAUUCUGAGGAAGGCAAGUUUUCUGCUCCCUCGAUAGCAAAUAUGUACAGCCUCUUCCAAAUACUUUUUUGCUCGUUGGCUAUCACAACAUAUUUGUAUUCUAACAGAUGUUCCAUUCACUACAGAGCUAACUGUUUGCAUCAGUGUAACUUCAACAUUUUAUGUGAUGUUGCAAUGAUAAAAAGAAACAAAAGAAGAGAAUCUGAGGACAGACUAUAUCAUUCCUCUGUGUAUGUAUUCCAUUACAUGUCUUACAGUACCUGUCACCUUGGUCACAUUACUCGUUUGCAUCCAGUGACUGUUGUAUAACCUGCUGUGAGAGUUUCAAUCAUUGUUUGCUGAAAUCUGAACAAACCCAUCUGGUUUGAUUGCCAUUUUCAAUUGAAAAAUGAUUGUUUCUUGAAAUCAAGACUGUUCUGGGAAUAGGUUAUUGUGCUUCCAACUAUUGUUCCCAAAGUUCUUGUUCUUCAAUAGGACAAGGAAUUAAGGAGGAAGUCAGAUGUCAAAUCUGUGAGCAAACAAAUUAACUCGCUGUAAUGAUUCAUUUGGGAUGCUUGCAACUGGGAGACAAUCUUAAAGCAAUUAGCUAUUGGUUUUGUUUUCAAAACAAAAUGGUUCACUUACAGAUUAAAGUAUCCCAUUGACACUGCAUAUAAUUUUACAAAUAAAUACUUUAUUUAUAAACAGUAGAAUGCUUUCACAUUUCAGAUGAAUACUCCAUUCUCAAGCAAGGUUCACAGUGUGUCAGCCUAACAUCAACUCUUCUGUUCCACAACUAAACAAUCCGAUGCAGAUUCCAGUCCUAUAAUGUGACCUUAAAUUAAGACUGUUCCCUACAGAGGCUAUAUAUUGGCUGCAUGCAAUCAUGUAUCUUGAUGUCUGGCUGUCUGCAGAAUUUAAUAGUGAACAGCUCUUGCUCUCAAGGACAAGCAUGUUUUGAGCAGACCAGGGGCUAUUUUUCACCAAGUCAUCAAUUUUCCAGCAGCAGUUGUUCUUUGUGUCACUGAGCAUUCCAGGAAACAGCCAGCAGGGCUCUGAGUUGCUUGUUAUGCAGGCAUUUGGGAUGAAUCGCAACAAAGACAAUUGCAUCACCUCUUGACAACACGCAAUCCAGAAGGAACUGGAUGAUGGUCUCCUCCCCAGAGUAGCGGUAUUGAGGCUAGCAUGCAGCCAUGCUGAUUCUCAGUCUGGGCAAUUGGGACCUGUCAAGGAGAGCACGUUUCUUAACAUCUGUCAAGCAGUGUCUUGUUGUUUACUUGAAAGAUCUGGUGGCAUAGGUCAAGAGUCAUAGUAUUAAACAACAUAGAAAUGGGCUUUUGACUCAAGUCAUCCUCACUGACCAAGCCGCCUUCAUGAACUGGUCCCAUGUGUCUAUGUUUGCCCACGUCCCACCAAACAAAAUGUUCCAAACCCGAAGUCCACUGGCACCUUGAUUAGUGGUAUUUGUCCAUGGCAUAAAAUUAAUUGAAACCCCUGCUCUAAUCUUUCCCUGUCCAAACAUCUUUAAAAUCUAAUGGUAUUACACCUGCCAUUUCUUCUGGCAGCCCAUUGCACAUACCCACCAGCUGCUGUGUGGAAAAAUUUGCCCCUCAUGUCUCCUUCAAACUUUUCCCCUCUCACCUCAAAAUUAUGUCCUCUAAUUUUAGACUACCCCACCAUGGGAAACAGACUCUGACUGUUCACCUCAUUUAUCUCCUUCACUAUUUUACACACUGCAAUAAGAUCACUCCUCAGCUCCUAAACCCCAGGGGGUGAAAAGAGCCCAAACGUAUGCAGUCUUUGUGAAGAGGUAUUCCAUCGAAUGGAAGUAGGACUCACCACUUCCAUAUCCCACAAUGCUUUGAGGAUAAUCCAUGCAGACUAUUGUCUUACACUGUACUGCAUUUUGUUAAAGUAGCAUAUAAUUGCUACGAUGUCAGAUCACCUAUUUGCCUAUGAUCAAUAACCAACAUCAGCUACACAACAGGAUGUCAUGUUUUUCACUUCUUACCAAAAGCUCUCUCUAGUCAUCUGCUCAUCUUCCUAGCAACUGAAUUAGACAAUCUACAUCUUAAUAGCACAUUUAAUGCUAGGCUGGGUUUCUAACUAUAAAAAAAAAAUCUCCAUCAUCUUACCUCUGCAAUGUUGUGGGAUUCUCCAGUUCAUUACAAUUGAAGCCCUGAAUUUUGUUUUUUUUUGCAUCCACGUGAGGUUAUUCCAAUGCACUCUCAACUAUUGCACCUCACUCUAUUCCUUGAGGGCACCCAAAGCUUUGUUGCCUAUCUUCUAAUAUGCCAGGUUCCUUCCACACAUCAGCCCUGCUCUUACUGCUCAAUAUCUGAAUAUCUGAAAUUGUGAAAUUCACAUCAUUCAUAUUCAUAUCAAGCUUAUUGGGAUUUGUCACUCCCAAUUUAUCUUCAUCCAACAACAACUCUGAUUUUAAUUCCACCACUGAUGCUGGUCAUCCAUUCAAGCCCACCCAUUUGAAAUUCAGAGACAAAAAACAUUGCAGGUGCUGUAGUCUAGAGCAAAAAAAAAACAAGCUGCUGAAGGAACUCAAUGUGUCAGGCAGCAUCUGUCGAAGGAAAGGGGCAGCUGACGUCCAGACCAGAUGAAGUACUUGAACCACAAUGUCUACAGUUCAUUUCACAGAUGUUGCCUGACACAUCGAGGUCCUCCAGCAGUUUGUUUUUCACUCUGGGGUUCUGCUUUCCAAACUCCCUUGUUCGUACUUCUUUUUAAGAUUCUGCCUGAAGCAAAUCACAUUCACACAUUUUUUGAUGAUAUGCCCGAACUUGAGAUAUAGGUGCAAUUAUUAAUUUUCAUUAUACAAACACAAGUCAUUGUUGUUGUUGGGACUUGGUGAUAACAAAUCAAAGCAUUAUCUAAAAGAACCAUUAGAGACUCUGAGAGAUGUAAGCAAGCUUUACACAAAUUCCAGUUUUUUCCAACUUCAGUAGAUUUUCUCCACUUUCCCUGCUGUGUCUAUUGUGUCACCUCUGUUACAACAAUAGCACAGGACUGCCAAUCCUUCUGUUCUCUUGAGUUUGAAACAGCUGAAGUGCCUGUGUAAGAACGUCAGGGGUGAUCUCUGUUUUCAGCCACCCCUUGAAUGCAACUCAGCCUGGAAUUAUGUUGUCACAAUAAUUGUUUGACAGGUUUUUGCCCAUAGAAUUGUAAUAUUAAUAAUCCAAUUGAAAGUGUUAAUUGCAUAACAGGGCUCUUGACUUUUCGUCUUUCAUUUCACAUCCCGUAAAGUGAACACAGUUGCAUAUUCAAAUAUUGGGAUACUGCAUCAAGUAAAAUAGGUUGGAUCCAUCAAAGAGAGUUUGAACAUUACAACCAAUUGCAACAACAAUUAAUUGUGGCACAGACUCUGAAGGAGAUUCCUUAAUAAUACUGUGUGAAAUGAAAAUUUUAUAAAAUGCUCCAUUUCUGACAGCAUGCCAGAUGUUAAAAUGAAUCAUAUCUGACCAGUCCUAUCCUUGUAGGAGAGUCGAUUAAAGCAACUGGAAUUUACAGGCCAAAUAAGGUUUAUGCUUAAACACAUCCAAGGAUUUUGUCCCUUAAAUAGUUAAUUCUAGUAAGUAAUAUUAAAAAUACUGAUUAAGUGGUUAUUUCCGGGAAAUGGUAUUGACAUGGUAUAGCUUAAUUAUUUACAGUUUCCAAUAUACAUUAAUAUUGGGAAAGAUUACAGUUACUUACUCUGCCAAAAAAAAAGUUUCAAGUUGAAUGCAAUAGCUAGUAAAUAUUUUAUGUAUUUUCUUUUUUUUAAAAAAACUAUGAAGCAUGGACAUAUAAUUUACAACAGCUUUUGGGUUAAUUUAAGAAAUAAAAGUAUCUACAGAC